AUGGCUGAUAUUGAAGGAUCUCCAGGAAGCUCCAUGCACGGAGUCACGGGCCGAGAACCUGUUCUCGCCUUCUCCGUAGCUUCACCAAUAGUCCCGACUGAUACCACGGCGAAAUUUGACCUGCCUGUGGAUUCAGAACAUAAAGCGAAGAAAUUUAAGCUCUUUUCCUUUGCUAAUCCUCACAUGAGAACGUUCCAUCUUUCCUGGAUUUCGUUUUUCACCUGUUUUGUGUCCACUUUUGCCGCUGCCCCGCUUGUUCCGAUUAUCCGGGACAAUCUGAAUCUCAAGAAGAUUGAUAUCGGAAAUGCCGGGGUGGCUUCUGUUUCAGGAAGUAUAUUUUCCAGGCUUGCAAUGGGGGCUGUUUGUGAUCUACUCGGGCCGCGAUACGGCUGCGCAUUUGUCAUCAUGCUCUGUGCUCCGACGGUUUUCUGCAUGUCGUUUGUGUCCGAUGCCGCCGGAUAUAUCGCAGUCAGGUUUAUGAUUGGAUUUUCCCUGGCGACGUUCGUCUCGUGCCAGUACUGGAUGAGCACAAUGUUUAAUUCUAAGAUUAUUGGGGUUGUCAACGGAACAGCCGCCGGAUGGGGGAACAUGGGUGGCGGCGCCACCCAGCUUCUCAUGCCAGUGCUUUACGAGAUAAUUCAUAAGGCUGGAGCAACUCCAUUCACGGCCUGGAGGAUUGCGUUCUUCAUUCCAGGAUGGCUUCAUGUGAUUAUGGGUGUUUUGGUUUUGACUCUUGGCCAAGAUUUGCCUGAUGGAAAUCUUGGUGCCCUACAGAAGAAGGGCGAUGUUGCAAAAGAUAAAUUCGGCCAGAUACUAUGGUAUGCUGUCACAAAUUACAGAACAUGGAUCUUCGUACUUCUCUAUGGAUUUUCUAUGGGAGUUGAAUUAUCAACCGACAAUGUGAUUGCGGAAUAUUUUUAUGACAGAUUUGAUCUAAAGCUUCAUACUGCUGGAAUCAUAGCUGCCACUUUUGGUAUGGCUAAUCUCUUAGCUCGCCCAUUUGGUGGAUUUGCUUCUGAUUUUUCAGCAAAAAAAUUCGGGAUGAGAGGGAGACUAUGGACCCUUUGGAUCUUACAAACCCUAGGAGGAGUUUUCUGCAUUCUUCUCGGCCGCGCUAAUUCGCUUCCCCUCGCCGUAACUAACAUGAUUAUAUUCUCCGUCGGAGCACAAGCUGCUUGCGGUGCAACUUUUGGAAUUAUUCCUUUCGUUUCUCGACGAUCACUCGGCAUAAUCUCCGGCCUUACAGGUGCCGGAGGCAACUUCGGCUCCGGUUUAACUCAACUGAUUUUCUUCACCAGUUCGACAUACUCCACUGCAACUGGGUUAACUUACAUGGGAAUCAUGAUUUGUGCCUGUACUCUUCCGGUGACCUUGGUGCAUUUCCCGCAGUGGGGGAGUAUGUUCCUACCACCGACGAAAGAUGUUGUCAAGGGGAGCGAAGAACAUUACUACGCAGCCGAGUGGAACGAAGACGAAAAGCAAAAGGGAAUGCACCAGAACAGCCUCAAAUUUGCAGAAAACAGCAAGUCGGAACGAGGCCGGCGCGUCACCUCCGCCCCAACACCGCCGAAUACAACGCCAAAUUAUGUUUAA